AUGUCUCAAAUACCGUUACCUAAUCAGCAAGUGCCCCCACCUAAUCAACAGCCUCCACCUAAUCAACCUAGAUCCACAGCAAGCUCAAUACCUGCCAUAUCCUACACACCAACAGAUAUAACUAUCCCUCCAUCACUAUACGACAAGGUUCCAAACCUUAAAGAGUAUAGGAAGUUGAAAAAAGCGGAAAAGCAAGUAGACUUGCUCAUUGCUAGAAAAGCUCUUGACUUUCAAGCUAUACAACAAAAGACAAUUCAUCCAUUUGAAUAUAAACCAAGCACCGGAAUAUUAAGAGUGUUUGUAUAUAAUAAUUGUGAACACCAACCGUGGCAAAACCAGUUAUUGCAACAAGAUGGGGAAACUGUGCCUGAAAAUACUACACCAAGUUGGACUUUACGUGUUGAAGGUAAAUUCAUUAAUGACGACAAAUCUGCCCAGGAGGAAACCAACAAUUUGAAAUUUAGUGCAUUUUUAUCAGGAAUAUCAGUUGAUCUUUUGGAGAAUGAACAUUAUCCCAAUUUACAAGAAUCCCACAGUAACAUCAUCGAAUGGAGAGACGAUACAACAAAUAAUGUAGGCAGAGACCCUGCCGCAGCUGUUGGGUUUGAUGGAAUGGAUAUUAAAAGAGAAGGGAAAUUCAAUAUUAAAGUGAAAAUCGCCUUGAUGGUCAAGAGCUUUACUUCUAGAUUGGGCGUCACUGAUGAUAUGGCCAAGUUUAUGGGAAAACUAGAAUGUACUCAUCAAGAAGUCAUGUACACCAUUUGGCAAUAUGUCUUGAAUAAGAAGCUUUUUGUAAAGACGGAGAAAUACAGUCACGUUCCAGCCGUGGAAGGUUUAGGAUCCACUAAUCCAGGUGCUGAGAAGGAUCGCAGUGCUAAUGAUGACCUUACCUUAGUCGAAGCAGACGAGGUGCUAUAUGAAUUAUUGAAGGUUCGUGAAUUUAGAUUUUCCGAUUUAUACGGAUUGAUUCAACAACAUUUCAAGCCCAGACAACCAAUAAUUUUGGACUAUGAAGUAGAUACGAGAAGAUCAACUACUUUAGGAGAUGUUGUUUUGGAUAUACCUACCGAAUUGCCCGUGAAUAUAUCCAAAGCCCAACGAGAACUAUUGGAAAUGAACAAAACAGCUCUUGAAAACUUGUCUCAUCAUGAUUCUGUGAUUGAAAAAUUAAAUCAGAAAAUUUCAUUGGCUAUCAUUGAAAUGAGAAAUGCUAACUCAAGAGAAACAUUUUACAGUGAAUUGAGUAAAGAUCCAGUAAAGUUUGUUGAGCAAUGGUUAGUAAGUCAAGCUGAAACUCUCAAAGCUUUGAAGAGUGAUGAAGGAUACGAUGAAGAAAUUGUUAGAAGGGCUAAAUAUUUUGAAGAUCAUGAAGAUUUGAUCAAGGAGAAGGUUGAUCUCUUGUUUGGAUCAAGCAAGUUUUAG